CGCCGUUCCCCCUCUGUUCUGCGCGGGGGUGCGUGCGACUCAGACCUUCCCCGUCCUCCGAGUCCGGCACUUUCCCCACGACCCCUAAAAGUAACAACAAAAUCCAAGUAAACUUCCGAAAAAGACGUUGCCUCUGCUGGGUCCUGGCAGCUCAGUAGCUCAUGGGGUCCUGACGGGGGCUUUCCAGUCGCUCUGGGAAAUAGUGGCGUCGCGCCCGGUCCUUGUUGGCUCGGCUCACUCCGGUUGUGUACACUCUGCUUUGCUCCCCAUUCCCAUCCUUUAAUGGACGCUCUGGGCAGCUAUGGUGCUGCCAGGACCUGGGAAACUGAGGCCCCGUCCCCUCGCUUAUCAGCCAAUCAGCGUGUACCGGGGUGGCUAGCCGGGGUCCAUGCGCAAGGCUAGCCACUGGUGCGGGCUGUGAGCUUCGGCGGGGUUUAGUCUGCUGGGGCGGGGCAGCAGGGAGUGAGUGGAGCCGAUCCUGGCGCGGGACCGACCGAGCGCUCACCCCGCUGACAUGAUCCGCGUCCCCGCCAUGAUCCCCUCCGCCCGCCUGUGAAGGGUCCCGGCGAGCUGAAGUCUGCGAGGGGCUGCGGGCGGCAGCAGGACCGCGCCCGGCGAGCUUCGCUCUUCGCCUUCCCUUCCCCCCGCUGGCUUUGAGUAGAGGCUGGCUCCGCUUGGCGGGGGUGCGACUCGGAGCUGUCGCCUCGGUGCGUUCGGGGCUGCCCGGAGCGCGCUGCCAGACUACAGCUCACCGGCGCUUCUCCAGCCUACAGCACUGGUGUGUUGCUUAUAAUUGCUGGCAGAUUUGACGCCGAGACCCCUUCGACCAGGCCAUGAGGAGCAGGAGUAACUCCGGGGUGAGGCUGGAUGGCUAUGCUAGGCUGCUGCAGCAGACCAUCCUCUGUCACCAGGACCCGGUGACAGGAUUGCUCCCAGCCAGCUGUGAUCACAAAGAUGCCUGGGUCCGGGAUAACGUCUACAGUGUGCUAUCUGUGUGGGGCCUGGGUUUGGCGUACCGCAAAAAUGCAGACCGUGAUGAGGACAAGGCAAAGGCAUAUGAGCUGGAGCAGAGUGUAGUGAAACUGAUGCGAGGAUUGCUGCAAUGCAUGAUGAGACAGGUGGAUAAGGUGGAGGCAUUCAAACACAGCCAGAGCCCCAAGGACUGUUUCCAUGCCAAGUACAACACCCACACCUGUGCCACUGUGGUUGGAGAUGACCAGUGGGGUCACUUGCAGUUAGACGCCACAUCAAUUUACCUGCUCAUGUUGGCACAAAUGACAGCCUCUGGGCUUCACAUUAUCUACAGUCUGGAUGAAGUCAAUUUCAUACAAAACAUUGUGUUUUACAUCGAAGCAGCGUAUAAAACUGCAGACUUCGGGAUAUGGGAACGUGGAGACAAGACAAACCAAGGAAUCACGGAGCUAAACGUGAGCUCAAUCGGCAUGGCUAAGGCAGCCCUUGAAGCCCUGGAUGAACUCGAUCUCUUUGGUGCCAAAGGAGGCCCUCAGUCAGUGAUCCAUGUUCUGACGGAUGAGGUGCAGCAUUGCCAGUCUAUUCUCCAUUCCAUGCUGCCAAGGGCUUCGACUUCCAAGGAAAUUGAUGCCAGCCUCCUCUCAGUCAUCUCGUACCCCGCCUUUGCCGUGGAGGACAGUGAGCUAGUGGAGAUAACGAAGCAAGAAAUCAUUACAAAGCUUCAGGGGCGUUAUGGCUGCUGCCGGUUUCUCCGAGAUGGGUACAGGACCCCUAGAGAGGACCCAAAUCGCCUCUAUUACGAGCCUGCUGAGCUGAAGCUCUUUGAGAACAUUGAGUGCGAGUGGCCUUUGUUCUGGACCUAUUUCAUUAUCGACGGGAUCUUCAGCGGCAAUGUAGAACAGGUCCAGGAGUACAGGGAGGCCCUUGAAGGUGUGCUCAUCAAGGGGAAGAACGGAGUUCGCCUGGUGCCGGAGCUGUACAGCGUCCCUCCCAAUAAGGUGGAUGAGGAGUAUGUGAAUCCCCACACUGUUGACCGAGUCCCUAUGGGCAAGCUGCCCCACAUGUGGGGCCAGUCUCUGUACAUCCUGGGGUGCCUGAUGGCAGAGGGAUUUCUGGCUCCAGGUGAAAUUGAUCCCCUGAAUCGCAGAUUUGCUACUGUCCCAAAACCGGAUGUGGUAGUCCAAGUGUGCAUCCUAGCCGAGACAGACAGCAUCAAGGCCAUCCUGAAGAAGCAGGGCAUCGAGGUGGAGACAGUGGCUGAUGUCUACCCCAUCAGAGUGCAGCCAGCCCGGAUCCUCAGCCACAUCUAUGCCAGAUUAGGUCGCAACAAGCGAAUGAAUCUGAGUGGACGACCCUUCCGGUACAUGGGAGUCCUGGGCACAUCCAAGCUCUACAACAUCAGAAAGAACAUCUUCACCUUUACACCCCAGUUCAUCGAUCAGCAGCAGUUCUACUUGGCCUUGGACAACAAGAUGAUCGUGGAGAUGCUGCGGACAGACCUCUCCUACCUGUGCAGCCGCUGGAGGAUGACUGGACGGCCGACAAUCACCUUCCCCAUCUCGCAAACCAUGCUUGAUGAAACUGGAACCAGCAUCCACCCGACGGUGCUGGCAAUGCUGAGGAAGCUGCAAGAUGGGUAUUUUGGUGGGGCAAGGACCCAAACGGGUAAGUUGUCUGAGUUCCUGACAACUUCGUGUUGCACGCAUCUCAGCUUCAUGGAUCCCGGGCCAGAGGGUAAGCUCUAUGCUGAUGAUUACGGGCUCAGCAUUGACAGCUACAGUGAGCUCAAUCCCGAGGAGUGGCUGCAUGGCUUUCAAUUAGCGGAUGAUGCUGACGUUUGUGAUGAAGUGGCUCAGUAUUUAGAUCACCUUUUGGAGCACACAGCUCCCAAGGCUGCCCAGAAAGGAGGGCUGCAUCGCUUCCGAGCCGCAGUGCACACCACUCGUGACCUCAUGUCCCUGGUGUCCCAGGCCAAAGAGCUGCACGUACAAAAUGUCAACAUGUACAUCCCGUCCAAGCUGUUCCAGGCCUCCCAGCCUUCAGUGCACUUGCUGGGCUCCACCCACACACCUGAACAGGACAGCCAGAUUUGCUCACUCCACACCAUGGUAAACCUCCCUCAAGACAAGGCUGGAAAUGUGGACUGCAAGGCCCUGGUGGAUCAGCUGCGAGAGUGCCCCACCCUACAGGAGCAGGCUGACCUUCUUUACAUGCUCCACACCAUCAAGGGGCUUGACUGGGACACGGAGAUUGAUGGCCAACCUGGUGCUACAGUCAAGGACCUCCUCACUGAGCUAUAUGUCAACGUGGGGGCUACCCAACAGUGGGCCCUGAUCCGCUACAUCUCCGGGAUCUUGAAAAAGAAGGUGGAAGCUCUCGAUGAGGCCUGCACUGACCUCUUGUCUCAUCAGAAGCACUUGACAGUGGGGCUGCCUCCAGAGCCUCGGGAGAAGACGAUCUCUGCCCCUGUCCCGUAUGAGGAGCUCACCCGCCUGAUUGACGAAGCCAGUGAGAAGAACAUGAGCAUCUCGAUCCUGACUCAGGAAAUCAUGGUCUACCUGGCCAUGUACAUGCGUACCCAGCCCACCCUCUUCGCUGAGAUGUUCCGCCUUCGUAUUGGGCUCAUCAUCCAGGUGAUGGCAACGGAGCUGGCACACUCCCUGCACUGCUCAGCUGAAGAAGCCACCGAGAGCUUGAUGAACCUCAGUCCUUCAGAUAUGAAGAGUCUUCUACACCACAUCCUCUCUGGCAAGGAGUUCGGAGUGGAGAAGAGCGUGCGUUCUGUUGAUUCAGCCCUAACCCCUGCUAUUUCCAUCCGCGAGGUUGGUGCCGUCGGAGCGACUAAAACAGAGCGAGCUGGGAUAGUGAAGCUAAAGAGUGAGAUCAAACAGCAACUGGAUAAACGUAGGCAGUCUCUGAGGGAGAGUAAGUCCUGUGGCUUCCAGUCUCUGGAGAUGGAUUCAGGAUCUCCCCUGAGUUCUGGACGCUCCAUCUUGCCUGCUGGCGGAUCCUUCGCUAGAAUGCUGGAAGAUCAGGUCUCCAGAGAUGGCCGCCAUGGCCAGUGGCAGCGGAGAAGGCGGCUGGACGGAGCACUCAACAGGGUCCCGGUGGGCUUCUAUCAGAAGGUCUGGAAAAUCCUGCAGAAGUGCCAUGGCCUCUCUGUGGAGGGCUUUGUCCUUCCAGCCUCAACAACCAAAGAGAUGACUCCUGGGGAGAUCAAGUUUUCAGUCCAUGUGGAGUCAGUCUUGAACCGUGUCCCGCAGCCAGAAUACAGGCAGCUCCUGGUAGAAGCCAUCCUUGUCCUGACCAUGCUGGCAGAUGUGGAAAUACACAGCAUUGGGGGCAUCAUUGCAGUGGAAAAGAUUGUGCACAUAGCAAAUGACUUAUUCUGUCAAGAACAGAAAGCACUGGGCGCAGAUGACAACAUGCUGGAGAAAGAUCCUGCCACAGGCAUAUGUACCCUGCUAUAUGACAGCGCCCCUAGUGGCAGGUUUGGCACCAUGACCUACCUCUCCAGAGCAGUGGCAACAUAUGUGGAGGAGUUCCUCCCCAGCAGUGGCUGCACCAUGCAAUAGACCCAUUUGGGCUUGCAGCUGGAGUUUACAAACUGCCUUGGGUUACCUUUUAGGAGUCAAAGGCAUGCGUUAAGCCUGCUUGCUGGUAGACUGUCUCCAUGCCAUGACAACUUGUUGAAUUCAGCGGUGGAACCUACCAUUUCCUAGCUUCACCCUGGAGGAAAAAGCUCUGCUGCAAUAGCUGUUCUCAGCACAGGGAGCGUGUCUCUGCUGAUACCAAGAGAUGUUUCAGGAGAGCAUGUUUGUGUGAUUAAACCAUGGCUGUGUUUGCAUACAGCCAUCCCAGUUCUUCCCUGGCACUGAACCCAGGACCGGGUUCACAAGUGAGAGGCCUGAGCUGAGGGUCCCGAGGUUUGAUCCCUGCUCAGCUCUGGGGUGUCUAUAUGUGCGUUACAAGUCCGAGCUUGGGGUGGGUUUCACUCAGUGAGGUGGUGAAUGGGGGAUGGCUCUGAAGAUGCAUGCUAUGGUGCUCAGGCAGGUCUCAUGUCACUGGUUUCAAAACCCAACACACAAUGGAGGGAACAGGCUCUUGCUGCUCUAGCCCCAAAUGUGUGUUGAAUUUUGAAGGAGGGUUUUAUAAAGUGAACAGUAGCUUACCCUGUUGUCGUAGGAGCUUGGCCCCAGAGCAGACCCUGCUGGCAUUAACUCGCUGAGCAACGCAAACCUAAUCCCUGUGCUCUGCCCAUUAGUCCCAUGGGCUUCUUCCCACAGUGCAGUCUGGACCCAUAGGCACUGACUCCAUGGAUGCUCUGGGGCUGGAGCACCCACAGGGAAAAACUGGUCGGUGCUCUGCAACCACCGGCAGCUCCCCGUCCUGCCCCAGCUCGCCUCCGCCUCCUCCCCUGAGCACGCUGCCACAUCCUGCUUCUCCCCCGUUCCUCCCAGCGCUUGCACCAUGAAACAGCUGUUUUGCGGCAAGCCUGGGAAAGAGGAGGUUUGGAGAGGGCUCCAAUAGGGGCACGGAGGGGUGGAGUUAGGGCAGGGACUUUGGAGCAGGAGUGAAUUCAGGUCGGGGGUGCGAGCACCCACUGGCAAGGAAAAAAUUUGGUGCUUGUGUCUGGACCCCCCGGCUCCUCUGCCCCCCAGAGAUGUGAAGCUUUCAGAAACCAGGCAGAGUCACUUUGGAAGGCGGGUGUAUCGAGACCCUGAACCACUCUCCCCGUCUGCUGGGAGCCAUGAAAGAGAACGCUGACUCUCGGCACUUUGGCUGGCUCUCCAGCCCCAUCUCACACCAUGUUCAGCCAGGCUUUGAUGUGCUGUGUUCCUGCCAAUCAGGCCUAUUGUCAACUCACCCUCCUGGAGUGCCCCUUGUGCCUGACGUAGUGUUUUGGUGACUCCACCUCUCUCUCCUCAUCAGGACUUCAGUGGGGACAUGGCCCUCUGGCCAGGCUGUUCUGUUGCUCCUCUGCUUCCAGGGUAUCGGUGUCACCAAUAAAUCCUACCUGACAGAAUACCGGCAAUGAACAAGUCUUCCAUCCCAGCCUUCUCUCCAGUCUCACUCGUUUGCCAGAGCAGUGACUCUGAGCUUCCCCCCAGAAUCCCUCAGCAAAAUACAAACCCAGCAAGUUGUGCCCAGCCCCAGCUUGAGCUUGUAGCCAGCUUAGGUUCUCCCCAGUGCUCCGCUCUUCUACACAACAGUGACCCCCACCCCCCAGGGCUGCCUCCCUGGAGUUCUACCCCCUUUCGAAGGCCCACCACAAGCAUGAAUUCCAGUCCUGACCCUUUCCCCCCAUACUCUUCCUGCCCAGCUCCUGCAGAGAGGGCCUCCAGACAACCUGUCCUGGUUUUCCCUUCCUCCACGGCACUGACAUCCAGCCUGGCCUCCCUGCAAGUGUAACAAAGUGGGGCCCCUUCAUAGUGGAAUGUGGUUUAUGCACCUCCUCAAGGCUGUGUCCAGCAUGGUACAGAUGGUUUCCACCUCUGAGGUGCAGGACCUGGGCACAUAGGUGGUCCAGUUCCUCCUUACACUCGCUCAUCGUCAGGAGCAGACAGUCCCUACCCUCCAAGGACUCCCAACAUCCAGAGCAGUUCUCCCUUUCACAGCGCCUGCUCUGAUUCCAGCAGCUUCUUUUGCAUGUUCUCUGCCAUUGCAACUAUAUGCUUGCACCCUGUCCCAUUCAGUGCCUCUGCAGUAAGGGCCUCAGUCUUUUCACCUAGCUCUCGGCAAGCUGCUGAGAGUUGGUAGUCACCCACACUUCCCCUGUUUUAUUUGAGGCAGUGUCCGAGUCCCUGCUGUAGGCUAUUCAGCCUCUCGUGUGGGCUCUGCUCCCUUGUGCUCAUCUCAGCCCAGAGGGAAACCUGCUUCUAUACCUGCUGCUGCUGCUACUUCCAGUGUUCUUCCUCUGCCAUUGCCAAGGCUGGUUCUUGUCUGGCCGCUUGGGCCAUCACUUCUUGUCAGGCAGUACCUGUUUCCACCUGCUCUCACUUACAGGCUUUCAGCUGGCCAGGCAGAAUCUGCAGGUGACCAACCGGCAGCCAUGAGUCUCCUUCAGCAGUCUCCAGCUGGGUUUCUAACACCUUUUGAGUCCUCCUCAGCCUCAGCAGUCCUGGGCUGCAGCUCUUCGUUCAACCUAGCCCUUCCCUUCCCUUUAUAUCAUCAUCUUUUGUACCAGGAUUGGGAAUUCCCACUAAUCCCUCCCCAGGAUCACGUGCUGAGGAAGAGUCUUGGCUGCACCAACCUGCAUAUGCCACCCCUGGCCCCUUACCUCCAACUCUAGUCGGUUGUGGGACACUCCCUUCUCCUUUUCUUCCUGUACACAAGAUGUGCAUUGGCAGGUGUUGGUCCACAUUUCCUCAGCCCAGCGUUUGACCACACCCUGAACCCACCAGGACAUCUACUGCUACUCCUCUCCCUUAGAUAGCCCUGUGUUUUGACAGCUUUUUAACCUUAUCCAGGAAGGGCCCUGCUCCACAAACUUCAUUGAAGUAAUUCAUGUAUCUGUGCUCCAUCAAUGGACAGUCCCUCCUAAAGCAUCCUGGCUUGCUGCACUGACUUCCUUGGCUGCCCCCAGAGGAGCUCUGUUCGACUGAGGGACUGACCGGAAGGCUGGUAGAUCUGGAGUGCCCUGGAGAAAACUUCCUCAGUUUCCUGGCAACUCCCCAAUUGGGGCACCUCCAUCCACCUGUCUCCCUUGCUGGGACACUCCCAGUCUGGCCCAUCAUUCAGGCGUAGCCCUCUUGGCUUCAGAACAAGCUUUGGUAGGGUGGCCAAUUUUGAUUGGAUGUAUUUCUGGAAGUUUCAUCACAUGACAUAAUCUCUAAUUUCUGGCAACUCCAGGACAGUGCUGGCAGGUUGGCAACUCUAGGCUUUGGCCUGCUCUCAUGUCACCAACUGAUGCAGGCCAGAACCAUCUUACCCCACUUCAGACCCCUUAGGGCAGAAGUUAUAGAAAUUACUGCAGGACCAUGUGGUCCAUGACUUUUCCACUGAGCGGGUCAAGGCACAGCCACCAGGACACGAGGUCCUGCAAGCAUUGUGCUACUACUUGAGGCAGAGAUUUUCCCCCAGGGAGGGCUGGCCCCGGAACCUGAGCUGAUAUGCUGCUAGAGUCAGUCCUAGCCUGUUGGGUGCAGGGGCAGCUCUAGUUUUUUUUGCUGCCCCAAGCAUGGCAGGUAGGCUGCCUUUGGUAGCCCGCCUGUGGGAGGUCCCCAGUCCUGCAGAUUCGGUGGCUUGCCUGUGGGAGGUCUACCGGUCCCGCAGCUUCGGCGUACCCACUGCCGAUUUGCUGCCGAAUCCACAGGGGACCUCUCGCAGGCAAAUGGCCAAAGGUGGCCUGACUGCUGCCCUCACAGCGACUGGCAGGGCUCCCCCUGCGGCUUGCUGCCCCAGGCACAUUCUUGGAGCGCUGGUGCCUGGAGCCACCACUGGUUGGGUGGCAAAUGGUCCUGCCUGCUGGUUGUCCAGAGUUGGAGGAGGAGCACCUGCGUGUGCCAUUGCUGCUGUUGUAGCACAGCCAUCUGCAGCUGUCACUGGGUCGCUGCCAACAGAUGUGCCAGCCCCACUCUUCUUUGCCUUCCCAAAUUCUGGGCCAGAUCCCUCUGGCUCUAUUUCAGAGGCUGAUUUGAGGUGCUAACAUGCUCUGUGUUCUAUUGCAGACGCACUGUCUUAGAACACCCCUUUGUGGCAUGCAUGACAUGGCGUUUCAGCGACUCUGCCUCACUCUCCCCCCUCUGGCCCUCAGUAGUCUGGUGCAGUGAGGCGGUGGCCCUCUGGCCAGGCUAUGCUAUAGUUCCACCUUUUCCAGGGUAUCUGUGUCCCAAACGAAUCAUAUCUGAUAGAAUAAUGGCAAUGCACACAAUAUCUUCUGCCCCGCAGGUUUUUCUUCAGGCUCUCAUUUGUCAGAGCAGUGAUUCUGGGCUUCAGUCAGGACCCCCUCAGCAAAACCUAACACCAGCUGAAAUACAAACCCAGCAACUUCUGCCCAGCCCCUGCCUGGCUCUCAGCAGCCUUCACCUUCCCCAGUCUGGAAUCUGCCAGGAGAAAGGGCUUACCCUGACAUGAGCUCUUAGCCUGUCUUAGGUUCUCCCCAAGUGUGUCCCCCUGCAGGUGUAACCUUGCGGGGUUGUUAGAGGUCUCAGCAGUAGCUAACCGUGUGGGGCUGUUAGGUCUCAGCUGUAGCUAACUCUUCUUGGUUGGUGUGGGAUCUGCAUCCCAUCCCAUCCCAUCCCCUUUCAUCUCUCCAGGUGAAACCAGCAGUAAAUUAAUUGCUUCCCAGUCGCUGCAGCAGUGGACCAUGGUGGCACUGGUCCUCCCUUGCAUCGCCAGUACCUGGGUGGGGUGUGUUCAUCUCUUGGACAGCUGGCUGCUCCAGUUCUUGAAUUUCACCACUUAGUGAUGGUAUCUGCUGCAGAGCUAUUUGGAGGCUUCAAAUAUUGUAUGAAUCUGCACUAGAUCUUUCCUAAUCUAACAGGCUGAACCCUCCAAAGUAGGUCAGUGCCACAUAAAGCAAGUCAGUGCAUGAGCCAACAUCUCUUGCAGUCUGUGGAUUUCUCUGCUGGCUUCCCAAGGCAGCACUGGGGACAGUAGAGCGAAGUGGUUUUUCUGUACAGUAGCUGAUGUCUUCAUUUUCUUUGCCUUUAACAAAGUAUAUGCUCCUCUGGAGGCAUUGGGCGGAUUGUCCUCCUUGCACAGAAACAACACUAGAAAAAUCUCCUAGGUGGUAAAGUUCUUUUUUUUCCAUCUUAACUUCUUUCCUCCCAUAGUCCCCCAGCCACAAAUGAACUCCCCCAUCUGAUCUUUUAAUAGUGUCAGAACAUCUGAGGCUAGGGGUGUUAGUGCUGUGUGCGCUGUAGGGGUUCCCUACAGCUCCAUGGAAAGGGAGGCUAGGAUAUCUGCACUGCCCAGAAACCACUUCCACUCCCACCCUCUUCACCUAAUAAAAUAACCCUAAACAGGGAAGCAAAAGCGUAUGUUACACUUAGCCCAUAGACUAAAUGGUGCUCUCUAAUUGUCUGUCAAAGAAUGACGUUGAAUGCCAUAGAUGGGGCUGGUUCUCAUUCAUGCACAUCAAGUUCUUUCAAAGUUGGGAGUAGUUGACAGUGUAUGCACUUUACAUUCUCCGAUCACUCCCAGAGCAGCCUGCAAUGGUCAAAAACCAGCUCCUUCUAAUACCAGAGAUUUUUACCUACUAUAAAAGGUUACAGUGGAGAUAUAAGGGGGAGCCUCUCCAUUUCAAAUGGUUCAUAUGUAGGAUGCUUGUGCUCCCUUUGCAAGGGGAAAGUGCUGCUCAGCCACUGCUGAAGGCAGAGUUUGAAGUACUUGACACCUAACACACACUGGUAAUAAGGCCACCAUAGUUGGAGUCCAGGAAUCAGGUGUCCUGCUGUGGGGCUUCUGUUUAGCUGCAUUUUUAUUGUGAGAUUUCUCUUAAAAUUUGCUUUUGGAGAGUUUCUGCCCAGAGAGCAGGAGCUGAGCUGCACCUCCAUAGAUGUCAUGAAGUGCUAAAGCCUUGUAGACCCAGCUGAGGCCAAGUAACACCCAGUUGAGUAGGUAAAUAGUGUUCCAGCGUAAGGGCUGCUUGCUGCACUCCAUUUUGAUGGUUUACUGAUCGUAACACAGUUGCACUCUCACACUUAACCAUGUAACAUUUUCAAACUCCAUUUCCUAGAUCUUGCUUUUGUUUUCAGGGGAUGAGGGCUGAGAUGCAUGUAAACAUUAGUCUUUUCUUCUAAUAAAACAAAAAAAGGCAAAACCUGCUGAAGCCUGAAAAGCUAGAAUAAAAUGCCUCUAUUUCCA